AUGCCGGAAACCUCAAAAAUGAAUGGAUAUGCUAAAACAAAUGGCCACAGUUAUGACAUGGAAGAUGGAUCUGUGUUUCUAUUCACAUCUGAAUCUGUCGGCGAGGGUCAUCCAGAUAAAAUGUGUGAUCAAAUAAGCGAUGCUAUCCUUGACGCGCAUUUGAAACAAGAUCCCGAUGCCAAAGUAGCUUGCGAAACCGUUACAAAGACAGGAAUGAUCCUGUUGUGCGGUGAAAUAACGUCAAAAGCAAAUGUUGACUAUCAAAAAGUUGUUAGAGAAACAGUGGAACACAUCGGUUAUGAUGAUUCCUCAAAAGGCUUUGAUUACAAGACAUGCAGCGUGAUGCUUGCCCUGGAUCAGCAAUCACCGAACAUUGCAGCGGGAGUGCAUGAGAAUCGAAAUGAAGAUGAAGUUGGAGCUGGUGAUCAGGGUUUGAUGUUUGGUUAUGCAACCGAUGAAACAGAAGAAUGCAUGCCCCUCACUGUGGUACUUGCACACAGACUAAAUCAAAAGAUCGCAGAACUUAGACGUAAUGGUGAAUUUUGGUGGGCACGACCUGACUCCAAAACACAGGUGACUUGCGAAUACAUAUUUGCCGGCGGCGCCACGGUUCCACAGAGGGUGCACACUGUCGUCGUCUCCCUGCAACAUUCUGAGAAGAUUGAAUUGGACACACUACGUGACGAGAUCAGAAACAAAGUGAUAAAUGAAGUCAUCCCCGCACAAUACCUAGAUGAAAGAACUGUAGUACACAUCAACCCUUGCGGGCGCUUCGUCAUCGGUGGACCUCAGUCGGACGCGGGUCUGACGGGACGCAAGAUCAUAGUGGACACGUACGGCGGGUGGGGCGCGCACGGCGGCGGCGCCUUCUCCGGCAAGGACUUCACCAAGGUGGACCGCUCCGCCGCUUACGCCGCGCGCUGGGUCGCCAAGUCGCUGGUGCGCGCAGGCCUCUGCAGGCGGUGCAUGGUGCAGGUCGCGUACGCCAUCGGUGUCGCCGAACCGCUGUCCAUCACGGUGUUCGACUACGGCACCUCGCACAAGACACAGCAGGAACUGCUCGCUAUCGUACAGAAGAACUUCGAUUUGCGACCGGGGAGAAUUGUCAAGGAACUUAACCUCAGAGCACCAAUCUACCAGAAAACAAGUACUUACGGCCACUUUGGGCGGGAGGGCUUCCCGUGGGAGAACCCCAAGCCCCUGGUCGUAGAU